CGGCCUAGUGGACCGUCUUUACCUGAUAUGUUUCCUUGUUCCAAUCAACAGACUGGAAAUAACCUUGCAUCAGAAACACAGAGCCUCUCCUGGAGGCGACAGGUCACAGUACAGAGCCGGUGAAUCUGGAACUCUACACCGCUAUUAUUAGACAAUCAUCAAUAUUCUCAGCUGGAAUCAAGUCUUAAAGCAGGUCCAUUAUUUCAGCCCUCUUUCCUGGGGUCUUUGGUUUUUGCUAACGUGCUGUCAUUGACCAUUAACUUUUUAUUUUUAACCUAAGUUGCCGUGUCGCUAUGCAUUCUCUGAAUCUUGUCUAAUACCCUAAUCAUGUCCACAGCCACAGUGACCUCUGCAUAUUAGGAACAUGUCGUUAAUCCCACUUUCUGUGUUGCGUGUUAAAUUGAAACUGUGCCGUUCGGAUCAGUAUAUAGCUUCAUGGGUGACUUUCUCGUGCAAUCUUUGUUUAUUCAUUUAACAUCCCAAUUUAUUUCUCUUUUUUUAAUGCGCGCUUUAACAUUUGCCAUACCUAUUGUCUCUGUGUCAUACGAUAUGUCUUGACAUGACGUUUUUUUUUCUGUGUGUCUUGUAUCUUGUUGGCUGUGUCCUCCCCAGGAAUUAUUAUGAGUUUAUUAGAUGAUUGAUCUGUGCUUUUGCACCUUGUGACGUGUGUGUGACGUGUGUGUGAACCCCCCCCCACCAAGACGGAGGCGCGAGCGCUGCUCCCACCCGACAGAGCGCGAGCCAGAAUUCGGAGCUCUCGAGACCACGGAUCAGCCCCAGCUGACGAGCCAGCGGGGUUCGAUUGCUCAGGUCUGCUCGCUGUCCUCCCCUUAGCUCGUUUGCUUCGGCCUGGCGUCACAUGUUUUGAAGAUGGAGGCAGACGCCAGGUGUGUUGACACCGGAGCGGGGGACCAGGAUAAGGAGGACUUCGAAGUUUUGGAAGGUGUACCGGAGAGUGCAGUCGGCAGCCCUCAGGAGGAGCAGAAAGAGAAGCCCCCGCCGGACGGCGGCUGGUCGGCUCCGAUUUUGUCGCUGGCCAGGAGGGCGACGGAGAGCCUGUCCAGUACCGUCAGCCACAGCAGCGCUCUGAGAGGGGCCGCGUCUGCUGCUGGGGUGCUGUCAUCCAAGCCGCACCCGGCCAGCAAUGACGGGCACACUCCUAAACCAGGCAGGGACGCCCUGGCGGUGGAGCGGAGCAACCUGCUGAACAUGAUGAAGCUGAGCGUGAAGGUGCUGAUCCAGUCGGCGCUGAGCCUGGGCCGCUCCCUCGACUCGGACUACCCCCCCCUGCAGCAGUUCUUCGUGGUGCUGGAGCACUGCCUCAAGCACGGCCUGCGAGGUGAGAGCCCGGCCAGAACCCUCCUCUGCCCAGCCCGGUCUGCCCGAGGGCGGUCAGCUCGGCCCUUCCUCACCGAUGUCCACACGGAGGUGCACCGAGAUGGAAAAAUCACAGCCAUUCUGGACCAGAAGCACUACAUUGAAGAGUUGAAUCGGCACUUGAGCUGCACGGUGACGGACCUGCAAGCCAAGAUGGACUCGCUGGAGAAGACCAACUCCAAGCUCAUAGAGGAGCCGGGUGUGACUCACGCUGUGCCCAUCUGUCCCAGGACGUUUGUGGGCAGGGCCCGGGCCUGGCUCUGCCUGGCGCUCAUGCAGAAGAAAAUGGCCGACUACCUGAAGGCUCUGCUGGAUCACAAGGACCUCCUGAGCGAGUUCUACGAGCCCGGCGCACUGCUGCUGGAGGAGGAGGGCUCGGUGAUCGUGGGGAUGCUGGUGGGGCUCAACGUCAUCGACGCCAACCUCUGCCUGAAGGGGGAGGACCUGGACUCGCAGGUGCGCUUGCUUCCUGGGCCACAGGGCUCUUUCUUACGGGUCCUGCCCAAACUCCCAGCCUCUCUCCUUGGUCCCCCCUGCCUGUGGGGCUGGCGGACCUGGACCGGCUGCGGUAAGGAGGCCGGCGUCGUCCCCGCGGGCACCCCCGGGCGCAGCGCCUCACGGAGGCCUCGGGAGCGCUGGGUUGUGUUGCGCCAGCUGUGUCUACUGUCCCCGGCAGACUGUACGCUCUCUCCUCUCAGUUUGGGGCUGGAGUCGGAGCUGAAGAGUGAGAAGGAGCAGCGGCAGGGCCUGCAGAGGGAGCUGCAGAGGGAGAAGGACACCAGCACGCAGCUCCGCACGCAGCUGCAGCAGCUGGACGGCCUGCAGAAGGAGCUGCUGGAGAUGAGGAGGGAGAAGCAGCAGCUGCAGAAGACGUGUGAGGAGCAGGAGCAGGCCCUGCAGGAGAUGGGGCUCCACCUCAGCCAGUCUAAAUUAAAGAUGGAGGACUUCAAGGAAGUCAACAAAGCACUGAAGGGCCAAGCUUGGUUAAAGGAUGAUGAAGCUACACAGUGCAAACAGUGCCAGAAGGAGUUUUCCAUUUCCCGCCGAAAGCAUCACUGCCGGAACUGCGGAGACAUCUACUGCAGCAGCUGCUCCAGCAACGAGCUGGCCCUGCCCUCCUACCCCCGCCCCGUGCGUGUGUGUGACACCUGCCACACGCUGUUGCUGCAGAGGUGCUCUACGGGCUCCUGACCGCCGCGGGCACCUGUGCACAUCCCCUCUGUGUUUCUUGUACAGGAAUCUCAAGAACAUGUGGUUUAUACCUCUUGAUUACAAUUGGGAGAACUAACAAUAUGAGCUUAAGUAGGUAGAUGUACUUUGUCUAACGACUGAAGUACAGAAGUUUACAGUAUUUGACUUCUGAUGAGCAGUCGCCAGUUUCAUUUGCACCUUGCUUUUUAUUUAGGUUUUUCCUGCCACACACUGCACUUAAACAUCAUAGUGUGCAUUCUGAAUGUCAUUUACUUGGGAAUCUGACUGUUAAAUAUUCUUAUCACUUAUGCAGUUACUGUGCCUUCACUUAAAAAAUAAUCUGUAUCAUAAAACACGGCUUUUAAAUAUUUUGUUUCAUAUUUGAAAACUGAGCUGUAGAACUACAGGAGCAGCCUCUCAGUGAUCUGGUUUCUGUUGAUGUAUAAGGCGGAGUCUAAUAUAAUUCUGCGAAAGAAAACUGACCCCUUUCAGCUUCAGAAAGCUUGUAGGUGAAGGUCUGUGGGAGUCUGGAUUGAGCUGCCGAGCUAGGGUGAGGCUCAGACUAAUUAGCAAAUACCCAACUGAGUCCAACUGAAACUGCUAUUGUAAUCUAGGUUGCAUUACAAGACAAAUUUACAUAAGUAUAAACUUUUGAGUUCGUAAUGUUUGUGCUUUGACAAUUUAGAACACAAUUGACUAAAUCCAUUUUAAGUUUCUUUUUGAUUUAAUCUGGUGGCGGGAGUUGAGGUUUAAAACAGGUGGUGGAAUGAGUGGGGAGAUAGAGAAGGAGCCUGUUCCUGAAUGAGAUCUCUCGAAGUGGGUAAAAAGACACUCACAAGUGAACCAAAAGAAACUUGGGACAUUAGAGACUGUAGAGAACCAGGUAUUGCCGUGUAGGUGAGUCAUGUCCUCGACCUCCUUCAGAUCUCAUUCAGCACCGGAUGCCUGAGUUUCCUGUUACAGCAUAAUAGUACAGUAGCUCUACAUCCUCAUUCCACCUACUGGCUCUUUGGAGAGUGGGUUGCAGGUCAGAAACUGAUGGUUCUACUCUGAUAAUCAGAAGUGCUGUCACCCAGCUUGCUAAGGUUUUACAAGUGCAAACCUAUAAUAAAAGUUCCUGCAGGACUUUAAAAAAAAUUAGAAAGUCAGUCCAAUUCUGAAAUUCAUUCAGCUCUGGGUUCAUCGUCCAACAUAAGUACUGGAUGUAUUUUUAUGUUUUACCCCAUCGAUUGCAAGGGCUUCCUCCUUUUCUACUUUGGAACUACAGAAACCUCGACAAAAAAACGCUUUUAAAGUUCAGGUAAUGUUCCCGAUCAAGCUACUUUUAAAGUGCUCCAGACUAUGCUUAACUAAUUAAAUUGAUGCUUGUAAUUUUAAACUGUCAUAGUACUGCCAUAUGAAAUCUGCAAAAUCAUCAGAAAUGCAUUUUAGUCUAUGCUAGUUUUCCAAUAGUACAAAAGGGAGCAGAAAUCUAAUUUCUGAAUUUUAUUAAUGUCAGUCUUAUGCCAUUGCAGCUUUCACCAAGUAGAUAAAUUUUUCUGCAACUUUACCCAACCAUAAACCCCAAUUGAGCUGCUUUAAGUGAGAAAUUAUAUAUUGAUCUAGGGAUUAAGGGGAAACCUUUCCUUUUCAAUCUAAAUUGUCUAUUAUGUAAAUUACACAUAUCAGUUGCAAGCUUUUUAAUGGAUAGCUGUAGCAGGCUUGUUGAGAAUAGUCGUAAGACUAAUUUAAGCCAUCUUCUCAAAUGUUAGGCAUGCUUUGACUACUUUUGUAUCUAGAUGUUUUAUAUCAUGUUUGUUCAGCAACCUGUUCAGGAUUUAAUAAAUGCCUUUAUGUAA